AUGCCUCUGUGGCUUUCGGCCUGUAGCCGACCGCUACCGGUCCGUCUGGUUCUUCAGCUUAAAACUCUUCGGCCUCUCACGACAAGUUGUCGCCUACUUCGGUCAGCAGGUCGCAAGUCUACCUUCGUUCCAUCCCCACCACAACUGGAGAUCGCGGAACUGUGUUCUUCUCAUAAUGUUGUGGUCUCAGCAAGGCCAGGAUCUGGUAAAACCGCCACGAUAGAAGCCAUUGCGGCGAAGCACCCGGACAAACGAAUUGGCAGCAUUCUCUUCUCAAAAAGACUCCAAAGUGAAACCUCUCGUCGCCUUGAACGUUAUCACAACAGUGAUACUUUCACUUUCCACGGUAUGGCGGGCAAGCUGUUGGGAAGAGUCGUGCAGAACGAUACAGAACUUCUCAAGCUGCUUCGAGCGGUUGAUCGUAGCGGCAAGCUUCCCUUGUGGACUUUACCGCCCUUUGACAUCGUCGUCUUAGAUGAGUUUCAGGACUGUAAUCCAGAAACUUUCUGGCUAGCUACGUGCUUUCUUCGGUCCAACAACGUUGCAAAGGGAGGCCAGCCCGCACGUAUUGUCGUGCUUGGCGACGAACGCCAAUCGAUAUAUCGUUUUCGCGAUGCGGACCCGAGAUAUCUUACUCUGGCCCCAGUGCUGCUAGGUCCAAUAAGUCCUUACCCUUUCGCCGAAGUUCAGCUAGGGAACAGCUUCCGAUUGCCCAUGCUGACAGUCGAUUUUAUUAACCGGUGUUUUCUGGGCGGGGAGCAGUACAUCACGAGCUCAAAACAUGGCCCAAAACCCAUUGUCCUAAAGUGUAAUACUAUGGAAGCUUUCGCAUUGGCUAACAUGCUGUCUCCUCUGAUAAAAUAUUAUGGACCAAAGAAUUGUGCUAUCAUAGCGCCUUCUGUCCGUAAAACCGAGUCGCUAAAACUCCUGACCAACGAACUGGCUGAGGUCCAUGGUAUCCCUAUAUCUGUGCCUACCGAUGACGAAGCGCCUCUCAACGAUCAAGUGAUUCAUGGAAAGAUGUGUAUCUCUACCAUUCACCAAUUUAAAGGCCGCGAGCGCGAACUGGUAAUACUUCUUGGCAUGGACUCUUAUCUGGAAUUUUACGGUCGCGACCUGCCAGACGACAAAUGCCCCAACGAGGUCUUUGUGGCCCUGACACGCGCGCUAAAACAACUUGUCUUUCUACACGACGACAAGGAUAAAAUGAUGCCUUGUGUUUCUGUUGAUGCUGUGUAUGACACAGCGGAGGUUAUCAAUAUAUCAAGCAACGAAGCAGACAUCUCACUACCUGACCCGCCCGGUCGGCCUCCCAAGCUUGGUCUUCUUCUUCCAUUCACAAAUGCAUAUGUCACCGAAAUAGCUCGAUACGUCCAGUCUGACGCUCUUGAUAAAGCAGUCAAGCGCUUUCUGCGUGUCGAACGGAUUUUGCCGCGUUCGUUGGGCCGCGCACGUAUCAACAUUCCAACUAUGGUCGCCUCCGACACGCAAAAGGGGUUCUUCGAAUCUGUAAGCGACAUAAAUGGUCUUGUCAUUGCCGCCGCCCUAGAGCUUGCAACUUCGAGAACAUUGAGGUCUCUGGGUGUAAAACAAGGACAGGCCGUCGAAAAGAUGCCCAGAGAUCCUCAACAACUGGUCCCCUGGCUCUGCCGCCGCGCCUGCAAGUACGAAGCUGAGGUAUCUGGCUAUAAACCACGUAUGAUACAAAUGGAACAUCACAAAUUUGAUUGGAUGAGGCAUGAAGACCUUGAGCUUGCCCGGCGUCGACUUAGUGAAGAGUUGGUAGAUCCUGCAAGACGCCUGGAGUUUGAGGUUGAAAUGAUGAAAGAGUUCGAGGCCGACGGCCAGACAACCAUGCUCGUUGGCCGAGCAGAUAUUGUCACAUCUACUCCCGGCAACGAGGACGGGGAGGAUAAUGAGACAAUCUGGGAAAUCAAGUUUGUUUCGCGGCUAACCAACGAGCAUAUCUUCCAGGCUUGUGUAUAUGGCUACUUGUUAGGGUCGUCGAAUAAGGAUGGGAAACUGCCACGCAUCAUAUUAUAUAAUGUGAGAGAUGGAGACAAGCGUGAGAUCAUAUCACGCAAUGGACUUAGUGGGUUGGAAAGGCUAAUCGAGAAAGUUGUGAGACUACGGUAUUCAGCUACAGAGGAGGCUUCGUACGAAGAGUUUAUCCAGCGUUGUACUGAAACCAUGCAAAAAGUAAUGAACUUGAGCGAUGGCAGAAGCGAGGAAUGA